UCGCGGUCCGAGUAGCGCUUAGCUAUUGCCUACUUCGCUACUUAGCUUCCUAAUUUCUACAAACAAAAAAUCAUGAAAAACAAAAAAUGCAAGCGUUUCGAAGAUUCGCAACCUCUAUCUACUUGUCGAAACCGAAGCAAUUAAACGCAGCGUCGUUCACGGUUGCCGCCAAACCCUAUCUCAAACUUUCCGACGAGGUUCCCGCGACCAGGUUCUGGUCGUCGGGGCGCGAUUCCGGCAACGGCGAAGAUGAAUGGAACGAGGCGUGGGAGUCAGCGUGGCUUCCGGAGGAUCUCACGCCCAAGUCUCGCGCGCCAUGGGAGACCGACGUUAACUUUGGUUCCCCCUCCACGUCCUUGCCGGAGUCUUCCUCCACCGCCGUUUCCGACGGGGUUGCGGUGGCGGAGAUCGAAACUCAUGCUGACGCGGAGACGAAGGCGUUCGUGGAGGAGAUGAACGAGAAUUGGGAGGUUAGGAGAAAGAAGGGAUCGAAGGAGAAAGAGAAGGUGCAAAAUGGUGCCGUUUAUAGCGUGGAGAAUAUGAAGAAGGAUUACCGGUUGAGGAAGCAAAGGGUGCACGCUGGGCUGUGGGUUAAGGAGAUUGAGAAGCUCGAGGAGGCUAAGUUGGGGGAUCACAUCGGCAGCGGCGGCGGCGAUGACAUUCAGAGAUUGCUUGACAGCUGCUCGGACAUCUUCGACUCUGGCAACAAUGAUCUGAACAACACAGAAGUUCCAACUUCUGAGUUCAAAAACAUGCCUGAUGGGUGGGAAACAAUAUCUAAAUCUCAAGAUGGAAACAUAUGGGAGAUGUCCCAGAGAGAAGAGGAUAUACUUCUCCAGGAAUUUGAGCGUCGAAUUGCUUAUAGCAAGUUUCAGUCCUUAUUUGCAGCACUUAUUAUUCACAAUCUUGUGAAUCUGGAAUGCAGAUCGCUAGUUUUAUCAAGACUCAUAUAUUUAGUCGGAGGAGACCAAUUGAUGGGUGGAAAUAUAUGAUAGAGGUGGUGGGACCAAAUGCUAAGAAAGGGAAGGGUAGUGUCUCUAGGGUUCCCAGUCUAGCUGAUCCCUCUACUCAACCGUUCAAGAAGACCCUUGUUGACAAGAGUUACAUUCCCCUUGAGAGAAGGUAGUAUCAUGUAUUCUCUUUCACUGUCUAUAGGUAUUAUCAUUUAAUAUUGGCAGAUAAGAGGACAGUUAUAGCAACUUACCAAUACAACAGAUAUGCUUCAUGAGUACAUGGUUAAAUGCUCAAAACCCUUCAUGAAGUUAUGCAUUUUCGGUUUAAGUUGUCCUACUCUGCGGAUUAUUGGUAAUGCAUCCAAUCUAUUGCAUGUUUGUCUGGCAAUGUUUGCGUCC